GGUGGUGUUACACAAAUGAUGAUACUCAAGGUAGCCUUGGAGAGUGGAGACAGUGACAUUGGCGUGUGUGGUUGGAUCCUGGUGCUUUUCUCCAUCCUGCUCACAUUGCUGACUCUGCCUCUCUCCAUAUGGAUGUGCAUUAAGAUAGUGAAGGAAUAUGAAAGGGCUAUUAUCUUUCGUCUGGGACGCAUUUUACGAGGAGGAGCCAAAGGACCAGGUCUUUUCUUCAUCUUGCCGUGCACAGACAGCUUUAUUAAUGUGGAUAUGCGCACCAUCACCUUUGAUAUCCCCCCUCAGGAGGUGCUGACAAAGGACUCUGUGACAGUGAGUGUAGAUGGUGUAGUCUACUACCGUGUGCAAAACGCAACGCUGGCAGUAGCCAACAUCACCAAUGCUGAUGCAGCCACUCGUCUGUUGGCACAGACCACCCUGAGGAACGUGCUGGGUACAAAGAACCUGGCAGAGAUCCUGUCUGACCGGGAGGAAAUCGCCCACAGUAUGCAGUCCACACUAGAUGAUGCCACAGAUGACUGGGGUAUUAAAGUAGAACGUGUGGAGAUUAAGGACGUCAAACUGCCCCUGCAGCUCCAGAGGGCCAUGGCGGCAGAAGCUGAAGCAACCAGAGAGGCCAGAGCUAAGGUGAUAGCCGCUGAGGGAGAAAUGAAUGCGUCACGGGCACUGAAGGAGGCAUCUCUGGUGAUCGCAGAGUCCCCCUCUGCUUUGCAGCUGCGCUACCUCCAGACCCUCAACACCAUCGCAGCGGAGAAGAACUCCACCAUCAUU